AUGGUAUUCAUGGAAAAUCCAACCCUGGACAUGAGAAGGUACAACGCACCCUCCUGCCAAACUGAUGUUGCUGCUAUCUUUGUAGGUAAAGACGGGGAACCUCCUGCACAACGCGAUAUUUGUAUAUAUCCAAGAGGAGAUGCUUGCAAGCGUAUCUCUGUGCUCAAUAUGAACUGUGACCCCAUGGUUUAUCCACUGCUAUUUCCUUACAAAGAUCCAGGCUGGCACAUACAAUUCGCCCAUGUUGAAGAAAAGCGAACCGCAAACAGAACCAGAGUCACACAACUCCAAUUUUAUGCCUACAGGCUUGCCAUGAGAUCUGCAUUCAGCAUCUUGCAUUCCAGCGGCAAACUGUUCCAGCAAUAUGUAGUCGACGCAUAUGUCAGAACAGAAGGCGCGCGUUUACAUUACCUACGCUCCCAUCAAGAAGAUUUGCGCGUAGAACAAUACAGGGGACUGAUUGAUGCUAUCGCUGCAAAAGCACAAGGCAAUAACAUUCACCCUGGACAGUUGAUCAUUCUUCCCUCUACAUUUCAAGGCAGUCCACGGUACAUGCAACAGAACUACCAAGACGCGAUGGCGAUUGUCCGCAAAUGUGGCAAGCCUGACUUAUUCCUAACAUCCACAUGCAAUCCUGCUUGGCCGGAAAUCUCUAACGCCAUUUCCCAUCAUGAGCGACCAGAACACAGGCCUGAUGUCGUUGCCCGCGUCUUUCAUAUCAAACUGCGGGAGUUCCUAACUGACAUUUUGGAGAGGAAUAUUUUCGGCAAUGUAGUCGCAUACAUUUUCGUUAUUGAGUUCCAAAAACGAGGCUUGCCUCAUUGUCAUAUGUUACUGACACUUGAUUCACAGUGCAAAAUAAGGACCAAAGAUGACAUAGACAAAUAUGUCUGCGCUGAGAUUCCAAAUCCCGAAAUACACCCUCGACUUUUCCAAAUUGUCACUAAACGUAUGGUACAUGGUCCGUGUGGUACGCUCAAUUCUAGCUCAUCUUGCAUGAAAGACGGCAAGUGCACAAAAAAUUUCCCAAAGGACUUCAACGCCGAGACUCAAGAAAACACACAAGGGUACCCCAUAUACCGCCGAAGGCAGGGCACAACUGCCAUUGUUGGCAAACACGACAUCGACAAUCGUUGGAUAGUACCUUACAACCCCUGGCUUUCUCAGAAAUUCAAUGCUCAUAUUAACGUUGAAGUGUGCGCGUCCGUUCAAUGUAUCAAGUAUCUAUAUAAGUACGUCUACAAAGGACACGACGCGGCAUCCCAUGCACUUCAGAAGGAGCCGGCCGAUGGUGUUUUCCAACAUGACGAAAUACAAACUUUUCUUGAUGCUAGGUAUGUUAGUGCUCCGGAGGCUAUGUGGCGUUUGAACGAGUACAGUCUUUCAGAAAAAUCGCACAUUAUAACACGAUUACCAGUUCAUUUGCCAGAACAGCAAGUCGUCUUCUUUCAUGAGGGUCAGGAAGAACAAGCACUACAAAGACAGGCCAACAAAAACACCAUGCUCUUAGCUUGGUUUGAACUCAAUAAAACGGAUCCUGAAGCUGUGGAGUUACAUUACACUGAUGUUCCCCAACAUUACACAUUCCAACAAUCCUCUGGAAAAUGGCAAAAGAGAAUUAGAGGAGGUGCAAAGGUGAUCGGUAGAAUGCCUGUUGUUGCCAUUCACGACACCGAACGUUAUUACCUCAGGCUUCUCCUUACCCGUUCCGUAAGCAUCACGAGUUUCAAGCAUCUACGAACUGUCAACGGCGUGGAAUGUAACACUUUCAAAGAGGCGUGCCAACUAUUGGGUCUUCUUAAAGACGAGAAGAUAUGGCAUGAUACACUUAUAGAGGCAUCUGAGAUACGAAUGCCAGCGUUUUUGCGACAACUUUUUGUUUUCAUCUGUGUCUUCGGCGAACCACAAAACGUUCCACACCUUUGGGACACGCAUAAACUCUCCCUUUCUGAGGACUUUCUCAGAACAUAUUCCACACGCACCGCUUGCAUGCAUGCUCUAGCAGAAAUAAAUGACAUGCUUCAACCACAUGGCCUCAACCUGCACAAAUUACACCUACCCCUCACUGACAUUCUUCCGAAGUGUCAUUCAUCUUCCGCCUUUGAUGCUCAGGCUGAACACUCCCACGCUAUAGAACACUACGACAAACUCAACACAGAACAAAAGCACGCUGUUGACAUUGUUUUGGACGCUGCAUACAUAGACUCCCGACCGCGACAAACCUGCUUCUUCUUAGAUGGUCCGGCAGGAACAGGGAAAACCUUUGUUUAUAAAACUCUGAUCCAUACCAUCAGAGCCAGGGGAGACUUUCCUGUAACCGUUGCAUCUACAGGAAUAGCUGCAACAUUGUUACCGGGUGGACGUACUGCCCAUUCGGUAUUUAAAAUCCCAUUGAAGCUCACUCCUACUUCCACAUGCAAUAUCAAACCUAUCUCACAACACGCGCAACAUAUUCUGCAAUGCAAAUUGAUUAUAUGGGACGAGGCGCCAAUGACACAUGCAUACGCAUUUCAGGCAGUUGACAGGUUGUUACGUGAUCUCACAGAUGAGACGCACCCAUUUGGAGGGAAAACAAUUCUAUUGGGUGGAGAUUUCCGACAAAUACUCCCCGUCAUUCUGCGUGGCUCCCGAGCACUCACUGUCGCCAGUUGCAUAAACAAGCAACUUUUGUGGCGUCACAUGCAUGUACUUACACUGACGACAAAUAUGAGAGCUCUUCCUGACGAACAGCAUUUUGCAAAAUGGCUUCUCGAUGUUGGAGACGGGACAAUUGGAACACCUGUAACAUUACCGUCACAUUCUUUCCCUCUUCAUUCUGAUCCCGUUCAAUUACUAUAUGGCGACAUCGACUUCUCAACUGUCACUUCGGAACAACUCAGUACGCGAGCUAUACUAAGUGUCACGAACGAAGACUCCCUGCACCUGAAUGAACAAGUAUUGAAACUUAUCCCAACCGACGAAGUAACUUUCACCAGCGUUGACUCCAUCGUCACAGACGAUCCCGCAGAUGAACUUUCUUUCCCCGUAGAAUUUCUUAACAGUCUUACCCCUACUGGCAUGCCUCCGCAUAAACUCAAAAUUAAAAUUGGUUCAGUUGUCAUGCUUCUUAGAAACCUCAUGCCAGCAAGAGGUCUCUGUAAUGGCACUAGACUGACUGUUACCAGCAUUCACCGCAACGUACUGGAGUGUAAGACUAUCGCAGCUGCUACCUCACAAACUGUCCUUAUUCCACGGAUAUCCCUGACUCCAUCAGAUUCAAAUUUGCCUUUCACCUUUACGCGCAGACAAUUUCCUGUCAGAUUAGCCUUUGCCAUGACAAUUAACAAAGCACAGGGCCAAACAUUCGAAAAGAUAUGUCUGUAUCUUCCAAAACCAGUUUUCACUCAUGGACAACUAUAUGUUGCUCUCUCCAGAGUUACUUCCUAUAAUUCUCUUACUUUAGUUUGCCCAAACCCACCCUUUUUGGACAACUGUGUCUAUCAGGAAGUCCUGGGUCACUAA